AUGCCAAGAGAUACGAAUCCGCUUGUAGUUAGUCGUGUGAUCGGAGAUGUCAUCGAUCCCUUCACCCCUUCCACUGAUAUUCGAGUUUAUAUUGAUGGAGUCCCUAUCUGCAAUGGCUACCGCCUCCGCCAGUCUCAAGUUGCCUCCCAACCUACGGUUGAUAUUGGUGGUCAGGAUUUCCGGAUUCUCCACACUCUUGUUUUGGUGGAUGCUGAUUCUCCAAGUCCAGGAAAUCCUUACCUUAGGGAGUACUUGCACUGGUUGGUGACUGACAUCCCAAGCAGCACUAAUCCGAGCUUCGGGAAUGAGGUGGUCCCAUAUGAGGCCCCUCAGCCGACAAUGGGAAUCCACCGCCUUGUUAUGGUGAUUUUCCGGCAGCCGCGGAGGCAGAUCGUGCUUGCGCCGGAGUGGCGCAACAACUUUAGCACCCGACAGCUUUCGCAGGUGUAUAACCUCGGAGAUCCGGUCGCCGCCUUCUUCUACCACUGUCACAGGGAAAAUGGCACCGGCGGCCGCCGAGCCUAAUUAUUUUCUGAUAAACCUAUUAAUGCCACCUUAAAUAAAACGUGACUCCUCCAUAUAUCUCGAACGUCAGAUUUCGAGUUAUUUGAUAUGUAAAUGAUAGCAAACUUUUCUUCCAUUAAAAAUUAUGUAUAUCAUAUAUACCUACUUAUUAUUUA